UGUUUACGUGUUUUGGAGUCCAAAGCAAUACAAACUGUAUUUACAAAACAUUUUCAUUGAUUUUAAUUAAAUCGUUAAUUACCUGAAAAUACAAUCAAAUUAAAUGUCAAUUUAACACAAAAGUCAUUAUAUUUAAUGAUUUGCAUUACAAACACAAACUGUUUGUUAAUUGGUUUUGAAGUGAUUUGAUUGGACACGAGUGGACACAUCGGUGGCCACAGAGAUGUCCCGAUUCAAUGACAUCGCGUCACUCAAAGAGGAAAACAAUCGACUGAAGAAUGAGUUACAGUUCGCACAAAACUUUAAUGAAUUGCUUGAAAACUAUAGACAUCUGAUGUCUAAUUGUCUACAAAAUUGUGAUAAUUGUAAUAAAAAUGAAGAAGUGAUCAAUAAGUAUCACUAUUUAGAGAUCACUUACAACAAGCACUUGGAUUUUGCCAAAGAAAAAGAGUUAAACUCAUUGAAGGUGACUAACACUGACACCAACAAUGGCAUCACUGGUCAGACCAAUGCUGUCGAUGGCUUUGAUAGUGAAGACAGUGAAGAGGAUGAAAGCGAUGACGAAGAUGACUCUGACUCAUACAUCGAUCCAAUCAAUUAUCUAUUGAUUCAACAAAGACCUCAAAGAUCUCAAAGGAUGGCCACAUCAUCAACAGCAACGACAACAACAAUGACGACAAACAAAGCUAAACGUACGGUUAGACCGAAGAAAAAUACAUCGAAAGCCAUGUGGGUUAAGAAUCAGAAGUACUAUAAAUGCGAUUUAUGUGAUUACACGCACCGAAAGCUGCCAAACCUGGAGUCACAUAAAAAUAAAGUUCACCUAAACAUACGUCCCUUUAAGUGUGACAAAUGUGAUAAAGAUUUUACCGGUAAACCCGUUUUGGACAAACAUAAGCGCAAAGUUCAUAACGAUAGUGAAUCGGUGUAUCACUACUGCGAUUGGAGUGAAUGCAAGUUUCGCACCAAAUACUGGAAUAACCUUAAAGAGCAUAAACUCAGACAUACCGGUAAUCGAGGUUUUAGGUGUGCGUGGCCCGGAUGUGAUAAAAGUUUUUAUAAUAAUAAAGAGCUAACACAACACAUGUCUUCACAUGAAGACGCUAAGGAUUGGCGAUGUGAUUGGCCCGGAUGUGGUGCUAGCUUUAAAAGGGCCGUAUAUUUAGGUCGACAUAAAUUGCUUCAUACGUGUCCCGAUACCCUUCAUCCCUGUGUAUGGCCCGGAUGUGGCAAAAGCUUUAAUACAAAGAAAAAAUUGGGUAAACAUAUGGCCGUUCACAAGAAAAAUUCAACCAUUGGUGCGCCACAAGUAGGUCGGCCACCCGGUCGAGUGACACUUCAAAAUCAUCAACAACAACAUCAACAACAAUUACAACAACAACAGCAACAAAUACAACAACAUCCAAACCAACUUCAGCAGCAACAACAUCAGCAACAGCCAAGUCAUUCACAGCAAAUUUUAUCGCCAUUAUCACAACAUUCACCAGCAUUAAUGUCACCACAAUCCCAAAAGUCACCACAAUAUCCAUUUGAUUUAUCACAAAGAGGACACAUUACACAGAUCUCACAACAGUUGGUCACACCUCAGAAUCGACUUAAUAGGGAAACAGUGCCUCAGAUGAUGGCCGCAGCAGCGGUGGCACAGAGAGGACAGUUAAUGAAUGCAAUGACCGGUGGAUUACAAGAAACAUCACAAACAUUGCCAUUUAGAUGGCCUAACAUUCCCACUAAUAUGACUAAUAUGACUAACAUUCCUAAUAUUAAUAACAAAACCUUUUAAACCUUUAAAACAUAUUAUAGAAGUACUGCAAUUCACGAAUUU